GAGAAAGCUGAAAACAAUUGCAAACAACUUCAGAAGAGGUGACGAGUCAACUGAAGCACAGGAUUUCCAAGAACACAUGUGAAAAUGGCAGCAUCCAUAUCAGAUACUUCUUGGCUUCAAAAUUCAACUUUGUUUAUUCACAUGCUGAAAAACUGGACUGGUUUUGAAGAUCUGGGAGAAUAUGCGAGCUCCAUUAACCCUUUCUGGAUAUUACUGCUUCCCAUGUUGUUAUAUCAUGCAUACUGUUUCAUUUUUUUGUUAAAUUGUUUUACCUCAUUUGUUCUAUAUAUUUACAAGAAAAAACAUAACAUAAGCGGAAGCAUUUAUGAUCCGUUAUGGGAAAAACCAAGGCAAUGGAUUGGACAUUUUGUGGAAACAUUUGGAAAGAUAUGGCAUGGUUAUGAGGUUAUUGGCAUGGAAAAUCUACCAAAAGGUCCAGGAAUUAUUGUCUUUUACCAUGGAGCCUUUGUUCUAGACUAUAUCUUAUUAGUAGCUAGACUGUAUGCACAGAAAGGAAGAUCCCUCUAUUCUGUGGCUCACCGUGACAUGUUUCUACCAGGAGUAAAACUGGUUCUUGAUGUGGUGGGUUGUAUAGUUGGCACAAAAGUUAAUUGUGUGGAAAUUCUGAAGAAAGGCCAUCUUCUAGGAAUUGCGCCUGGUGGACUUAGAGAAGGAAACUUCAGUGAUGAAUACUACAAUCUUGUAUGGGGUUCUGGCACAGGUUUUGCUCAGGUUGCUUUAGAUGCCAAAGUGCCCAUCAUUCCUAUGUUUACACAAAAUCUUCGUGAAGCAUACAGGACAGUAGGAAAAACACGGCUGCUGAAGUGGCUAUAUGAACGAACUAAGCUGCUAGUUCUUCCAUUAUAUGGAGGCUUUCCUGUCAAAUUGCGUACCUAUAUUGGAGAACCCAUACCAUAUGACCCAAAUCUAACUGCAAAGGAACUGGCUGAAAAAGCCAAGAUUGCAAUUGAAGAUCUUCGAAAUAAAUACCAAAAAAGACCAGGAAAUAUAUUAAGAGCAUUAUCUGAGCGAUUUGAUAAGCAUCACAAGAAUAACUAGCUUUAUCCCAUAUAUCUCAUAAAUGGGUUUUUCUAUGACACAUUCCUUUCUCUAAAUAACUCAUAGAAUCAUAGAAUCAAAGAGUUGGAAGAGACCUCAUGGGCCAUCCAGUCCAACCCCCUGCCAAGAAGCAGGAAUAUUGCAUUCAAAUCACCCCUGACAGAUGGCCAUCCAGCCUCUGUUUAAAAGCUUCCAAAGAAGGAGCCUCCACCACACUCCGGGGCAGAGAGUUCCACUGCUGAACGGCUCUCACAGUCAGGAAGUUCUUCCUCAUGUAUAUUUAUUGUUGUAUAUUUAUUGUUUUUUAUGUAACUUUUUAAAAUGUCUCUUUUCCUUAAGCAUUAUAUUAAAUAGAAUACAAAACAGAAUAUCUUGCUAUAUAAUUUGUGUGAAUGUGUAUAUUUUAAAUAAAUAGUUGUGAAUUUUACUUUUAUGUUCUCAAGAAAUGUAUCAUAAA